UGAAGCAACGUUAAACAUUAUUUUUUAUGUUUAUGAUCCAUAUGAUUGCAUAUGAUCCAAGCAAUUUGUGUACUCCAAAAGUAAAUUCACAAUAAUAAAUAACAAAUAAUUAAACAAAAUGCCGUUUAUGAUAGGAAAAUCUCCAGUAAGAAGAACACUUCAAUAUUUAAAUGCUGGAAGAUUAGUUUUAAAAGACAGUAUUGAAAUAUUUUCAUUGAAUUAUAAUACAAGUGGAGAUCAUCAUGAAGGAGCAAGACAAUUUGUCUUCUGGAAUAUUCCACAAGUACAAUAUAAAAAUCCAAAAGUUCAAGUUGUUUUACAUAAAAAUUUGACACCAACACCAUUCAUCAAGUGUUACUACAAAAGUGGAAAAAAAAUGUUAAUUGAUGUUGAUAAUAAAACAAAUGAUGAAAUAAUAAAUCAUCUUAUUGAUGUUAUUGGUAAAUCAAAGGAGACACUUAGAAAAGAAGCUGAAGCAGCUGUUAAAAAAGAAAAUCCAGCAAAUAUUGGUAAUGGAUGUAGUAAACAUUGUAUUUGUGAAGUACCUGGACAAUUACCAUGUCCAAGUAUUGUUCCUUUGCCUCUUCAUAUGAGAGGAAAACAUUUUCUUAAUCCUGAUUCUGAACAUUACAAUAAAGAAUCAAAACGCAUGACUAAAUAAAUAAAAUAAAAUUUAUCAAAAAAUUAUUAUUAUUUUAUUUUUAAGU